AGCUUCUUAAAAAAUACUAUAAGGAACCCAGUAUAAAACAGAGUUGUCACAUUAAUACUUGCAAGUCAGAAUGUUUAGUUUUAUCCUGACGUGUGUUUUCGUGAUUUGGAGUCUUGAGAGAUCAGACGGAGCCCCAGAGCUGCUUCAGAAUCCUGGAUUUGAGAAUGGAACCAAUCACUGGAACAUAGGUGGGUUUACAGCUGUGGCUCAGACUGCAGUUGUUCAUGGAGGACAUUCAGCACUGAAAUGUUCAGGCAGAACUCAGACCUGGCAAGGACCGUCUCAAGAUGUGGUGGUCAAGCCUGGGGGUCAAUACGCUUUUAGCUCGUUCUUCAAGCUAGCCGCUGACGUCCCUGGGGUCUCAUCUCAGUCUGUCGCUAUCAAGAUUCAUUUCAAGUUUAAAGACACAGGGGAAGAUAAUUUUUUCCAAAUUACGAACAGGCCCAGAAUCAAAGCAGCUGACGGCUGGGUCCAGCUUGGAGCAGAUUUUUUAGUACCAACCAGAGAACACACAGUGUCUUCCCUGUAUCUCGAGGGUCCAUCUCCCAGUGCUGAGUUCUACUUUGAUGACGCCACCCUUACCGAGCUACCAGAGAAUCCAAACUGGAAGACAGAGGCUGACCAUCGCAUUGAAACUCUGAGGAAGAGCAAUAUCCAUUUCAAUGUCAAUGUGGCUUCAAAUUUUAAUGUUAAUGAUCUUAAGCUUCAGAUCGAUCACACCAAACAUUUAUUCGGCUUUGGAACACAGUUACGUAGUGACUAUAUCGUUAGCCCAGACUAUAAACAGCUUCAGAACAUUAUCUAUUACCUGUUUAACUGGGCCACCAUAGAGGAAUACAAGUGGACUUACAACAGAGGCACCAGGGAACACCCAGAUUUUACGAUGGCUGUGGCUGCAACUGAUGAGCUCCGAAAACAUGGGUUAAACGUUCGUGGUCACUGCAUGUUUUGGGCAGUAGGUGGAGCCACUCAGCCAAGUUACGUGACCGCCAUGUCUGGACAAACUUUAAAAGAUACAGUCGUUGAACACAUACGUUACAUGACUGGCAUCACUAAAGGGAAACUGUCUCACUGGGAUGUCAACAACGAGCUACUUCACGGGAACUUCUAUGAAAGCAAGACAGGAGAUGACCACUACACACAACACAUGUUUAGGACAGUACACUCACUGGACCCCACCCCAAAACUUUUCCUCAAUGACUAUAGUGUCGUGGCCAAUGGCGAGUACACUCUGGCUUAUCUUUCACAAAUCCAACAAUUCAAAGCUGCCAACGUUGGACUAGGGGGUGUCGGUGUACAGAGUCACAUGCCUUCCAACACUAAACCAAGUCCUACAGCACUAAAGCAUAGGCUGGACAUCUUGGCCCAAGCAGGAGUGCCAAUGUGGGCUACAGAAAUGGAUAUGGUGGUACAUGAUGAAAACUCCAGAGCUGAUUGGUAUGAGAUCAUCUGGCGAGUGUUCUUCAGUCACCCUGGUGUUGAUGGCAUUAUAUUUUGGGGUAUCUGGGAUCACGACAAAAGUCCUGACUAUGGACUUCUCCAUGGCUACAGCUAUACAUUAGACAAGGCUGGUCAGAGAUUUGUACACUUGACUAAAAACGAGUGGAGCACUCAUGUGAACAGGUCACUGUCUUCAGGAACAUCUUUCAACAUCCGGGGCUUUCAGGGAGACUAUGACGUGAUCGUCUGGUACAAAGAAAAACCAAUCAAAAAACAGACUUUUCAUUUGGGGAAGACUGACCAGACCGUCACCGUGGAUAUUUCAGGAGAUGGACACGAGAUUCAUCUUCCCGCCAAAAUUGAUCCAUUCGCUACUGUUCCUGUUACCCAUGAAUCUACCAGCACUGGCCUCUACACAACGGGUCACGCUACAUCCACUUCGACAAGCCACCAAUUAAGCUGCACCACGAGAUGGUCUGCUGCGUCUGCUGUUGGAGAUGAUAAGACAACAGAGGUCGGCUGCAAUGAUGGAGAAAUACUGACCGGAUGUUCCAGUAUCUUAAAGAAUAAUGACUGGGUACGAGACGGGGAGAAAAUGGCGGUCACCAAUGGAAAACCAGUUUGUCAGGCCAUCAAUGGCGCAGGAUCUCACAUAGGCACCCAGGCCGUGGCUCGCUGUUGUAGUCUAAGUGGGCUGACAUGUACUUAUAAAUCUGCUGGACCUGCGGGUAUUGGUGUUGAUGACCAGCUUGUGAUCCCAUGUGCUUCUGAUGGCUAUCCACUGGGUUGUGCUGCUACGUCCUGGCUGUCUACUUUUGAUGGAACAAUUUUCACGAAUACAUCUUGCAUAGCUCAGAAUGAUGAGCCUAGACCAACUGUCUACGGCAGUGCUGCGUGCUGUAAAGGUGGAAACAUCAAAUGCUCAACUCUGGUGUCAGCCCCAAGUGGUCACAAUGUUGGGGACAAAGCGUCCAUUAAAUGUCCGAGUGGUCAAGUGAUGACUGGGUGCAACGUGUUCACAGAGAAUGCCAAAGCUGCUGGAGCUUAUAUUGAAGCUCAAAACGGUGCUGAUACUUGCAUAGCUGUUAACGGUUAUCCAAGAUUUGGACCCGAGAAGGGAGUUCAAGCCUACAUUACCUGCUGCCAUGUCUAGAUCCUUAUUUGUUGCUUCCGCGACACUCAUGUACAUUGAGAUCAUAGACAUAAAUAAAU